CCUUACUUCAUUUCCAUUUCGUGCCCAACCCACCAUCCUUUCAUCCACCCACGCUCUUUGCUUUUGCUGCCAGGAUAUGGCCAACACCCACAACGACUCGACGCUGAGCUGCUAGCAGAGCCACGCGACGUCCUCGCACAACCAACAUCGCAUCGCACCGGCACGCCUCACUGCAGGCCAUCCAUUCCACCUAACGCAGCUGCGAUGCCGCCCAGCGAUAAUGACGGCGACGUGGUGAUCGCCUCCUCUAGAUCACCGUCAUCCCCCGCUGCCCGACCCCUCACGCCCGCAACUCCACUGAAACAGCUGCGCUCAUCGCCCUCUUCAGUGGCCAACUUUGUCCGGCACACCUUUUGGGACGCGUCGCCCGCUGCUGCUGCUGCUGCUGGCGGCAAGAAUGGCGAUGGCGAUGGGCGUGGCAUUGACGGGGGCAUGCCUCGCAACGAAAGCUUUGAUUCGCUCGGACUGAGUCUGCCUAGCCCGCAUCCACUCCAUGGGAUGGGGAGUCAGACGUGGACGUGGGCGGAUGAGAGGGUAGAAGGUGAUGAGCAGGAGCGCAAUCGUGACUUGCGUCCGAGCGCGAUAAUCGAGCCUGCUAGACGUAGAUCGCCUCAAGUCUCGAGCGUGGCUUUCCCAUCGUCCUCUUCAACGCAAAAGAAGGACACCGGGCAAGCAUCCGCAGGGACACGAAGCAGCAGUCAAGAUGGGAGCGAGACAACGGCGACAGCGUCAGCGUCAGCGAUGACCACUGCUACGGCAGGGACCGAUUCGUGCCCAUCCGCGUCCUCUGCGCCUGUUCCUCUUCCCACAGAGCAGCAAGCCUCCUCAUCCAAGCCCAGGCAGAUGGGUCACGCUCGUAAUGCCUCUGUACCCUUACCAUCGCAGCAUGCUGCAAAGCACGGCAACAGGCGACUUCCAGCCCCUCUCUCGAGCGGUGACGAGAGAGAAUACAGUGAGGAGGACAACGACGCCCCUACCGUGCGAGAGCGAGAAGCCAACAAUGGAGCUUCCACGCCUAAUCGCGGUCCAAAGCGUACCUCUCUCACCUCACGCUCCUACACCACCCUGCGCAACAUGGCCGUCGCAUGGGUUCCAGGAACGUCGCGCUCCGCCACACCGCAAGAGGGUCGUUCGCCUAGUCUAGCUCCGAUGUCCAAGGAGCUCAUUCCCCUGCCGUCGGACGCAGAGAAACAGCUCCUGCCCCUCUCUGACACCGCAGCGCGUCGUCGCCCCGUGAAGCUGGACCGCCGUAGACUGGACAAGGCCGUGGGACUAGCAGUGGAGGCUGCCCAAGCGGCAGAGGAGGACGAGCGCACCUACAAGGAACGGGAGCGUCGUCGAAAGGCCAAAAGUGCGGCACGCGAAGCCGCUAAGCUGGAGAGAGAGCGGACAGACGCUGAGGCUGCCGCGGCUGAGGCUGGUCUACUUGGCAGGAUAAGAACCAUCUCUGAGUAUUCGGGGCUAGGCGGGCACGAUAGGGCUGCGAGGUUGAAUAAUAGCUUGCCCUGGAGGAGGAGGGGGAACAGCAGGCCGGGUUCUGCUUACCAGUCUGAUGUGACUUCGGCGGAGAAUACCGGGAGUGAGGGGAGUUGCGAAGAGGGGAGCGAGAGCGAAGGGGACUCCGAAGAGUGAGUGCUGGCCCAGCGCAUCGCAGCGUGAGCGACAGUAGAAGCCAACAUGUACUGACGCCCCUCCUCCUCACGCAGCGACAAUUUCUCCCUCUCCCUAUACC